AUGGGCGAACCAACUCAGGGCCCUGGGACACAAGGCCAACAUGUCAUUAGGGCGAACAUACCCAAUACCGUUAUUAGGAGCAUCACUCGAGAGCUGAGAUCAUGGAGAGGGAACAAUGGAAUCUGCGUACACUCCCUUUUUGGAUUAAUGGAGAUGUGUCACUAACGUAUUUACAAGUUAACAAUAUUUACAAGGACAAUCCCCACCCCAACACAAAGGGAGUGCUAGCUAGGACACUGGGUAGUCUGUUAUUAUGGUGGAGGAAGCCCAAGUACCAGAGAUGUGUGUGCUGGCAGUGGUAUUGGGCGAGCAAUAUGUCAGGCAUUUGCAAAGGAAGGUGCAAUGGUUGCUAUGGCUGAUGUAAACAAAGAUGGAGUACACCAAGUACAUGAAACUCUCAAGUCAAUAAGUGAAGGAAAUCAUCAACCUUUUACUGUUGAUGUUUCAUCCUCAGCCUCAGUAUUGACAUUGAUGACUGACAUCAGAGAUAGAUAUAUGGCAGUCCCUACAAUUGCUGUUAACUCUGCUGGCAUCACUAGAGAUACAUACAUGUUAAAAAUGAAAGAGGAAAUGUGGGAUGAUGUAAUCAAUGUCAAUUUAAAGGGAACUUUUCUGUUGAACAAAGCUGUCAGUCAAGCCAUUGUAGAGAACAAAUUAAGUGGUGGAUCCAUCAUCAAUUUAUCAAGUAUUAUUGGGAAGGUAGGCAAUGUUGGUCAGACAAAUUAUGGAGCAUCCAAGGCUGGUGUAAUAGGCUUUACAAAGUCAGCUGCUAAAGAAGUAGCAAAAUUUAAUAUAAGAGUAAAUGCUAUUUUACCUGGCUUUAUCAAAACACCAAUGACAGAAAAUGUACCAGAACAUCUAAUGCAGAUUACACAGAUGUUGAUACCAAUGACAACGCUAGGGGAACCAGAAGACAUAGCUGAUGCCUGUGUUUUUUUGGCGUCUGAUAAAAGUAGAUACAUUACUGGUGCUACUUUGGAAGUCUCAGGUGGUCUGUUCAUGUGAGGUGUGUCAUGUGAUAAAUGUCAUUUGAGCUGUGUCAUGUGCUGAAUGUUUUGUGAUUGUGUAUAAAAAAAGAGAAAAUACACGGAAAGCUGACCAUGGCAGUUACUAAGUAGAAGCAAACGAUUGAUUGAUGUGAUUGUGUUAAAAAAUGAUUAAAUCAACUAUAAAAUAUCGUAGUUAUUAAUUAAAGACAGUAUAAGUCUAAAGAAGACUAUCUGGAUUGACUAUAUAUAUAGUCUUGCAAUUUAUCAGAUUUAUGAUUUUUCCACCAUGAUAUGGCACAUGUAUAAUAGAUAAAUAUGUACAUUGUUAUUGAAUGGGUGGAUUACAACUUAUAAUGUUUAUUGAUCUGUGAUAGAUAUUUAUAUAUUAUUAAAUAAAAUAGUGGAAACAG